AUGAGCUCCGGUCUGGUCCCGCGGGACGGGACGCGCGACGAGCAAAACCCCAUGCUCGGCGUCAGAUCAUCGUCGGAGACUGACGUGGAGGACCGCCUGCUUCCCGGCUCAGCCGACUACGGCGAGAAGGGUCAAUACAGACGCCAUGCGGGCCGUAAGAAGACGUUCCGAUGGAUCAUGGCCCUCACUUGCGUGUCUAUCCUGACCCUCAUUCCCUUCAUUUUUGCCCAAUUCUUCAACGUGCAGGCCAAGGAUCGGCCGGCGGAACCCGCCCACGAUGAGGACAACCAUGAGCAAAGUCCGCCGCCGCCGCCGCCACCACCACCGGCGGACCCAGUGCCGGAACUGACGACGACGAUAACGCCAACAUCGACUUCUUCCCUUGUCCCCACGCAAACACCACAAGUGAAGUUGACGCCAGACCAGCAAUUCAACUUGCAGACGGGAUUCGAGGUGUCAAACGUGACGUCGCUGCGGGAAUAUGUGUUCAACAUCACGCGGCAGCAGCACUCACCCGACGGCUAUGAAAAAUCAAUGAUCCUCGUCAACGGACAGUCGCCCGGCCCUCUCAUCGAGGCAAACACGGGAGACACCAUCCGUGUCACGGUGCACAACCAGAUGCUGCAAGAAAGUACCACGAUCCACUGGCACGGCAUUGACCAGAGGAAAUCGGUUUGGAUGGACGGUGUCUUUGGCGUCAGCCAAUGCGCUAUUCCUGCCGGCGAAAGCUUCACGUAUGAGUUCAAUGUUACCGACCAGCGGGGGACAUUCUGGUGGCACGCUCAUGUUUCCGUUCAAGUCACUGACGGGCUCUUUGGGCCAUUGAUCAUCCAUGACCCGGAUGAAAAGAUCCCCCCUGUUGAUGAUGACAAAAUUAUCAUGGUUGGAGACCUCUUUCAUGAGUAUGGAGGCACUCUCCUUACUCAGUAUCUGAGCGCCAAUCCACCGUGGGCCCCAAAGAGGCCCGGCAGGGAGCCUCCCCCUGACAAUGUCAUCAUCAAUGGCAGGAACACGUUCAACUGCUCCAGCAUCGAAGGCGGUGAUGCAAGCAAGGCCAAAUCAGGCGAAGACCACAGCGGUCACAACAUGGAGAACAUGGGAAGCCCCAACACGCCCAGAGAUGCCCCUCCCCCCAAGUGCACAUGGGGCUCACUCUUCAACACACGGGUCAAGAGCGGAUCAACCGCUCGCCUGCGUCUCAUUAACCACGGCACAUCAACCCCCGUCUAUGUGACGGUUGACAAUCACCCUCUGCAAAUCGUCGAGAUUGACGGUGUCGAGGUCGCUCCCAUCGCCACGUCUCGAGUGUAUAUGAACCCCGGCCAGCGCUACUCCGUCCUCGUGAACGCCAACCAGACGGCCGGAAACUAUCUCAUUCGUGCCGACGCCGCGGUUCGAUGCUUCCACAUGUCCCACAAGAACCAUAACUCGGGAAUGAUGCACGCCACGCCUUUCGGUGCCACCGCCAUCCUGUCGUAUGACGAGACGGACGUCGGCGUUCCGCCGAUUGGUGAGACGUGGGACCUGAGCAGCACCUCGAACCCCGGCAUCGGCAAGGAGCCGUGGGAAGACCGGUGCGAGGAUCUGCCGCACAACCUCCCGAAGCCAGUCAGAAGCAGGCCAGCCUACGACGUUGGUGACAGGAACUACCAUUACUUCACCUUCAAGCAGGAGCGUGUGAACGACGUUGUCCGCACACACGUGAAUGAUACUCUGUAUACACCUCUGACGGACGACGCGUCGCUGUGGAAAUUCAUGCAGCAGGACAUUACGCCUGAGAACCUUAACUCGCCUCAAUCAAAACUGGACUUUGGCAAGGAUCAGUUUGUCUUGGUGUCUAGGGAUGACAAAGCUGCGCAAAUCGUGGUGAACUCUGACGCUAUGAUGUGGUACAAUUUCCAAGUCAUUGGCUGGGGCAACGGCCUCUUCGGAGCCAGCGAGACUACGUGGAACUUUGACAACCCAAUGCGGCGUGACACGAUUACGAUUCCAGGAUACUCGCAUCUGGUGAUCCGCAUAACAGCAGACAACCCAGGUGUUUGGGCGUUUCAUUGCCAUUAUCUUUGGCACGCUGAAGCUGGCAUGUUCGUCUCCAUCGCUCAGCGGAUGGGCGAGCUCGCGGAUAUGCUGGGCACGUUGGACGCCACCGGCGAUGCUGGUGCCAUCAGGAAGAAAUUCUGCCCCGUGGCCAAAGCACAGCCCGAUCAGACCGGGGCACCCAAGCCGCCGCGGUUGCUUUGA